ACGCAUUUCCAGAAAAAAAAAAAAGACAAGGCCUUUUUAUCCUCCCUCUCUCCUCCGCCUUUGCUUGUUACUCUCUUACGUUACUUUUAUCUAUCUCCUUCACACUGUUUAUACAAACUAAAACUGUUUGGUGUUGUUGCUGUUGUUGAUAGAUAAGACUUGUAGUUACAGUGGUGGUGGUGGUGGUGGUGAUGGUGGUGGUACUGAAGGAGCUGACGAAAUGCGUCGACGAAGAAACUCCGUUUAUAUUACUUUAUGAAAAUAAUUAUACAUUAUGAAGAGUUUAAGGCAAUGGACAGUGGCACUUGCACCUGGAAAUGAAGGAGAGGCAGCGUUGGAGAGCUGAAGAGGACGCUUUGUUACGUGCAUAUGUUAAACAAUAUGGUCCGAGGGAGUGGAACCUUGUGUCGCAGCGCAUGAACACACCUCUAAACAGGGAUGCCAAAUCCUGCUUAGAAAGGUGGAAGAACUACCUCAAACCCGGUAUUAAGAAAGGAUCCCUUACUGAAGAAGAGCAGCGUCUUGUUAUUCGACUUCAGGCCAAACACGGUAAUAAAUGGAAGAAAAUUGCUGCUGAAGUUCCAGGCCGCACUGCAAAGAGACUUGGUAAGUGGUGGGAAGUGUUCAAAGAUAAGCAGCAGAGAGAGCAGAAGGAAAAGAACAAGACAGUAGAACCAAUUGAGGAGGGCAAGUACGACAGAAUUCUAGAGACUUUUGCAGAGAAGCUAGUGAAAGAGCGCCCUACUCCAGCAUUCGUCAUGGCCACUUCCAAUGGGGGCUUUCUUCAUACAGAUCCACCUACACCGGCACCAGCACCAACUUUGCUUCCCCCGUGGCUUUCUACUUCCAGCAGCAUGUCCGCUGUCAGGCCAUCCUCUCCAUCUGUAACCCUAAGCCUCUCAUCUUCGACAGUAGCAGCACCACCUCCAAUCCCUUGGUUGCAGCCUGAGAGAGGAUCCGACAACACUCCUCUUGUUUUAAGCAGUUUACCACCUCAUGGAUCACUCCCUGCUUGUGGUGAGAACUUGGUAGUAUCUGAGUUGGUGGAUUGUUGCAGAGAGUUGGAAGAAGGAUAUCGGGCUUGGUCUGCGCAUAAGAAGGAAGCUGCCUGGAGGCUAAGAAGAGUAGAACUGCAGCUGGAGUCGGAGAAGUCAUGCCGAAGGAGGGAGAAAAUGGAAGAAAUAGAGUCGAAGAUCAAGACUCUUAGGGAAGAACAGAAGGCUUCUCUUGAUAUGAUAGAAGCAGAAUACAGGGAACAAUUAGCUGAAUUGAGGAGAGAUGCUGAAGUCAAGGAGCAGAAAUUGACUGAGCAAUGGGCAGCAAAGCAUUUGCGUCUUUCCAAGUUUCUUGAACAGAUGAUGCGCAGGCCUAGGCUUGCAGAGCCUAAUGGCCGAUAAGAAGAUUUGUUCUCUCUGGAUGCAUUAGGUUUGUGGCUGGCAUGCCGGUUUCAUAAAGGGUGCAGCAUCUAGGAAAAUUAUGUUUAUGGAUGUUUACAUAUUUAAUGUCUGCUUAUUGCUUGGACUAGGUGACUGUAAGGUAUGAUUAGCUUGACAUUCUAUCUUGUGCAUUCUCUUUUAGAAAAAUGUCAUAAUUUUCUGUCCAA